AUGAUAAAAUUCUUAAUUACUAUAGUAAUUUUGAUCAAUAUACCAUUAGUUAAAACUACAUCUGAAUUAUUUAGUAUUACAAGAACAAAACAAGAUGGUUCUAUUUUUAACUAUGAAGAAGAAGAAAUUGAUUUUAAAAAAUUAAAAAACCUUCAGAUAAAUGAAACAUCGUUUUCAAUAAUACAUUUUAGAAACCCCAAAAUUUCUAACUUUACUUGGUAUGAUAAUGUAGAAUUAUAUGUAAACCAAAUAUCAAAAAAAUAUUUUAUUUAUUAUACAGCAAGUUUUAAAGAAGGACAUGAUCUCAAGUUUCUAAGAGUUAAUAAAUUUAUUUGUAAUAUUAGGCAAUGUGACAUUGGAUGGUUUUUAGUUUUUAAAAAUGAAACGAAAGGUAUCAUGGAAGGAAAAGAUGGAGUAUAUCAUGCUGACUAUGCUAUUUUGUUCGUAAUAACAUCAAAAGAUAAUCAUAUAAAUUUAAAAACAAUAGAAAUAAACAAUGAAUUAAUGAGGUUAUCUAUAUGUCCAUAUGUUAAUUGGGUUUCCAAAAAAGGAAUAAUAAAAUUUGUACCAGAAGAUAAUAUAAAAGAUAAUGGAUAUUUUGUAAAAGCUAAUGAUUAUGCUCAUAUAAUUACACCUAUUUUUUUCAUAAAAGUUAGUGAAUCAUCUUUUUUUAUUUGUGGAAAAUUGAAACAACCAACAAAACCUGAUUUGAAUAUUGGAUAUAAAUUAAAAAAAUCAAAAGUUACAGUUUCAUUUCAAAAUAUUAGUGAUGUAGUAGAUUAUAAAAUAAAAUGUUAUGAUGGUGAAGAUAGCAAUGAUUAUUAUCAUUUUGGUUAUACUCCAGCAUCUGAAUACUACAUGAAUAAAAAUGUAGUAGACAAAAUAGACUACGGUAAAAAUUUCAAAUUUUAUGCAGGACAGAUCAUAAAUAUUUAUAAAACAAAACCAUUUAAAAAAUGCUUAGAAAAUGCAAAUUCAGAAACAAGAUUAGAAGAUGAAAAUGUAUAUGAAAAUCCACGAUGUUCAAAAAGGUUACCAAACAAACUUAAUGUAACAAUAUUUCCAGUUGUUGACUCAUUAAAAUUUAUAACAUACAAUAAAAAAAAUAAGGUAUUUUUGCAAUAUAUAGAAAAAAAAGAUAUGAAUAAAGUAUCUAUAUUAAAAUGUUUAUCAAAAGUUGAUAAUGAACACAUUCCACAUUUGGAUGAAUUUUAUUCAAGAUAUGUACAUUUUUCUAUUAUUCAUGAUGAAAAUAAUAAAGUAAAACAAUUACCAUAUUCAUUUGAAUUUAAUUUUUCAUCUUCUGGAAUGAGUUAUUUUGGUAAAUAUGAUUGUGAAAUCAAAUCAAAUGUAGCAAAAUUUGACAAAAAACUUGUUACGGUAAAUAAAGUUUUUAUUUUACCUUAUAAUCAUACUGAUGUACCCCUUAAAGAGAUAUUAGUUGGAAAAAAUGGUAAAGUCAGUUGUCAAAAAAAAUAUGGUUCAUUUAGCAAACUUUUAAGAAUUAAGAUUAAUUUUCUUGAAGAUGACAAAGAAAUGGAAACAUUAAGUGAUUUCUCAAAAUCAACUAAUAAAAUGCAUGUUACUAAUAAAGAAAUUGAAUAUCAUUUACAAGAUAUUUUAAAUGAUUUUGAAAUUCAAUGUAUAUAUGAAACAAUUUUUGAAACAAAAUUUUCUACCAUUCAAAAAAUCAAAAUUUUAAAUGAAAAUGAUUCUUUAUCAAAUAAACUUUUUAUCAUAAUAAUAGUAAGCAUAGUUAGUGGUAUGGUGAUUAUUAUAGUACUAAUUGUAACUAUUUUAAUAAGAAGAAAACGUCGUAUAAAUAGACAAAAAAUUAGGCGGAUGAUGGAUUUAUCUAUUAAUUCAUCUUUAUCAUCUUCAACUUCAUCUGUAUCAACUUCAUCAAUAAAAUCUCGUUCUUUAGCAAAUAGUUCACAAACGAAUUCAAAUUCUGGUUCCAAAAAUUCUUCAACAACACAACCUCCUAAAACUAAGAAAAACACUAAAACUACUAAUGGAAAUUUAGGUAAGGGACGUUAA